AUGGAUCCUCCUGAUUAUUAUACAAAACCUACGAAAUUCAAAAAUGGCAAAAUGACAGACUUGGGAAUUGGACGUGUUUUGGAAUAUAUGAGUUUUGAGAGAAGCUACUCCAAAAAAUCCGAAUUCGUCCCAAAUACGCCAACAAUCCGGAUAUCCGUUUUCACGACAAUGAAAUCCGACUGCGCGUUGUGCCACGUGGCACUUCAAUUCCAGCUGAUGCCGACUCUGUCGAAUGUGCGCUUCGACGCAAGAAACAUCUCAAAAUGCUAA